CCGCAUCUUAUUGCUGCUAACCAUCGAGCAGGAACCAUUCAAAGCGCCCCUCUACUUAAACCUAUCUCUCGCCGGCAUCUUUGCUCCACCACCUCCCACACAAACAUUUUCCCUUACACCAUCACAGGCAUUUCUCAAUUUCUCUCAUUUUUUUUUUUUUCUCUAUAUUCUUGAAAGAGAUGGCCGGAACUGGAGUGGUUGCGGUGUACGGAAACGGAGCAAUCACGGAGACCCACAAAUCCCCCUUUUCGGUCAAGGUGGGUCUUGCCCAGAUGCUCCGAGGUGGGGUCAUUAUGGACGUUGUCACCCCUGAGCAGGCUCGUGUCGCUGAGGAAGCUGGUGCCUGCGCUGUCAUGGCUCUCGAGCGUGUUCCUGCCGAUAUCCGGGCUCAAGGUGGCGUUGCGCGGAUGAGUGAUCCCCAGCUCAUUAAGGAAAUCAAGCAGGCGGUCACCAUCCCCGUCAUGGCCAAGGCUCGUAUUGGUCAUUUUGUGGAGGCCCAGAUCCUCGAAGCCAUUGGGAUAGAUUAUGUUGAUGAGAGUGAGGUGCUCACUCCUGCUGACGAGGAGAAUCAUAUCAACAAGCAUAAUUUCAGGAUCCCUUUUGUCUGCGGUUGCCGGAAUUUAGGGGAGGCUCUCCGCCGAAUCAGGGAAGGAGCGGCUAUGAUCAGAACAAAAGGUGAAGCUGGCACUGGAAACAUUAUCGAGGCCGUGAGGCACGUGCGGUCCGUGAUGGGGGACAUCAGGGUGCUGAGGAACAUGGAUGAUGAUGAGGUUUUCAGCUUUGCCAAGAAGAUUGCGGCGCCUUAUGAUUUGGUCAUGCAGACCAAGCAGUUAGGUAGGCUGCCUGUUGUGCAGUUUGCGGCGGGAGGGGUGGCCACCCCUGCUGACGCUGCGCUCAUGAUGCAGCUGGGAUGUGAUGGAGUGUUCGUGGGCUCAGGUGUGUUCAAGAGCGGGGACCCUGCCAGGCGCGCCCGCGCUAUAGUGCAGGCAGUGACCCAUUACAGUGACCCUGAUGUGCUUGCGGAGGUGAGUUGCGGCCUUGGUGAGGCUAUGGUGGGGCUCAAUUUGACAGAUGCGAAGGUGGAGAGGUUUGCCAAUCGCUCUGAGUAGUGGAGCGUGUGCUGUGUUUAGGCCGUCUGGACUCUGAAGGUGGGGUCUUUGAAGCUUAGUUGGUGUUUCCUGCUGUUUUAGUGUCUGUGUUAGACAUGUCUUUAGAUUAUAGAAACUUAUUGCCCUGAACAAUUGUUGCUUAGUUACCCUGUUUUUUCUUUUGAUUGCUGAAAAAAAUAGUUCUAUUCAUUGUAGUGGAUGUUAUGCAUGUUGAAUUGAUGGUAUGAGAUCAAGUGAUAUACCAUCGACACAAUUACCUGAGCGAAUUGCUGUUCCUGAUUUCAAUGAAUUUGCUGAUGAAUCGAGUUUAUUGUGGUUGCUUUAUGUCAUUAAAUCUCUUAUUUGGAGAUUGGUAGGAGGAAUUCCUCAUGCUGCAGUCAUCAACACUUUCAUUCUGUGUUGGCUUCUCAACUAUCAAAGGGUAGACUUACUACAGUGGGGUGUGCUUCUGUGUAUAAUAUUUACAAAGUAGCCAACCUUUUGUACUGUUUACUGUUUCAUUAUCCAAACUUGAAACUCAAAGAAGUUCAAGCAUCAAAAUAAUUUGGUGUUACAAUUAUUUUCAUGCAACUUUGCAUGAAUUAGGCCAAAAAAAGACUUUUGCUUUCAUUUUUGGAUCGUGUCUUCAUGGUUCUACUGGCCUUUGAUGAUGGGUAGAUUUUUAUUUAAUUAUUUUGCAAUUAGUGUAUAUUAUUUCUUGUUUAAUCAGGGGGACUUUGUGUUAUCAACCUUUUUUUUUUUUUUUUUUUUGUGUGCUUCAUGGAAGGGUUAACUACUUAGUAUUAGUAUUAUAGAGGUUUGAACUUUUAAUCUUAACUUUAAAUCAAAGUUUUUAAAUUGCUUAAUGGUCAAGUAGGAACCAACUUGGCUAAACUCUCAUUGAUACUGUGUUGUAGGCUGUCUCAUGUUUGCAUUCUGUUUUCUUACUUUGAUGGAAUAUCGUUACAUCCAAACAAGCUAACUGAUUAUCCAGGAAUACCAAUGCGCCUGUAAAGUUUACAUGAUCACAAAAGAAUUACACUAUCAGAUUACUUAAGCUCUGUUGAGCUUUCUGAUGAAUAAUAUUUCAAAGGUAUAUUAUACAAGCAAAUCUGAAUCGUAUAUCUACAGCACCUUUUAACACUGAGAAUCUGCAAAACUGUCAGCAGUACUUCAAGAAGGGUGAGGGCAUCAUUGUGAAACAGCAAUACUCUCCUUUCAUGCAUUUUCCUCUUGUACAUUGUUGGAAACUGCACAAAUGGACUUCUAAAUCCAUAUGAAACGAUGGGAUGACUAUAUCUUCUAAAUAGGACAACAGACCGGCAAAAUCAUAAUCAUAU